AAGCAAGCAAAAGCACAUGGCGGCCAUCAUGGAACGGCACCUGCAGGUGCGAGGCAAAGUGCAAGGGGUGAUGUUUCGGCAGACGCUGAUGCGCGCAGCGCAGCGGCUUGGCCUUCGCGCAGCUGCAUCCAACAUGAAGCAGGACAAGAGCCUGGUCAAGGUGUCCCUGUUUGGCGACGAGGACACCGUCAACACUUUGGUGACAAACCUCGGCAGUGGCAAGGCCAUCAACUCAUGGGGUGCCAAGGUGUCCUCGAUCGAAGAUGACCCAAACCCAUGGCCCUACGACAAGCACCAGGUCACCACCGACAACGUCGACUCCAAAAGGUGGAACCCAAACGUCAAAAUGUACCUGUAACAGUCCAGCAAUUGCACUCACAGAAAGAACGACGGUGCCACCCGGGCAAGGAGUAACGCAACUUGGCGAAGAGGCGAACCCGAUGACCCGAUGGUGAUGGGUUGCAGAGCAGAGCAAGGCGUGCAGGUACGAGCAACCUCCUAACCUCACAAGACACCAGUGGCUUCCGUGUAGCCGUGUGGUGGGCGUGCACCUCUUUUUUGUUUCCCACUCUCGUGUGGCUGUGAAAGCUGCAGUGCGUGUGUGCUGUGAACUGCUGCCUCUACGCGUGUUGCACUGUGCCUCCUCUUCUAGUCUUCUUAAUUCUUGCCACGUCCAUCAAUGCUGUGAGAUGUCGACAACACUCUUUGCUCGUUCGCGCACAGUUUGGUGCUGCUGUUCUUGCUCUCCUUCGUUGUCGUUUCCUCUGUUCCUCUCUUCCCCACACAUUUAAGUGUGUAUUGCAUGUCCCACUCGCGUGCGCGGCGUGUCGAACAGGCUGAGUGUCUGGUGACACCGCACUCGGGCUCAAAAGCGCGCAUGAGGGUUUUUGUACAAAUUGAUUGAAACACACGCGUCCAUACCAUGCACAGGCAUAGAUCGUGCAACAUUAAACGAGGCCAUGACCCAA